GGACCGAGGAAGGAGACAGACACACGGACCUGGACCGGGUCGGAGCUGCAGGACUAAAGCGGACCCACAUGUGUCCGGGGUCAGACUAACUUUUCCCUCUAACAGCUGAUGUUCAGUCCGCUUUGCUGGAGGUUUGGGUUUGUUUGUUUUUUGUUCCGUCUUGGCUGAAGUUGUGCAUGGAAACAAAUGAUCUGUGAACCCGUGGAGGGGACACACAGGAGGGGGGUGUCGGACACGAGCCGGGUCUGCUUCUGGUUCUGGUUCUGCUCUGGUCUGGUGUCCUGGAUCCUGGAUGUGCAGGUCUGUGCAUGUUUGUGUGGAACUGGUCUAGUGUCCAGGAUCUGCUGCUGCUGCAUAAACUGAAGCUCAGAGGAGUUUUUAUUAGGGAGGGGUUGAAGGGUUGAGGGUUUGAAUCCGUGUGUGUGUGUGUGUAAACAUGGCUUUGAAGGCCAGGGUGUUGUACGACUUCCACUCGGAGAACCCAGGGGAGAUCUCCAUAACAGAGAAUGAGGUGGUGACUCUGUUCAGUGAGGAGGAGCUGGAGGGGUGGCUGGAGGGGGAGAACAGCAGGGGGGAGGCGGGCCUGUUCCCUGCCUCCUAUGUGGAGAUCAUCAAGGACCACAUCACCUCCACUUCCACCUCCAACAACAACGGCUUCUCCUCACCCAUAACCAAAGCUCAGACCACCCCCACCCACUCCCACUCCUCCUACGCCUCCCCAGAGUCCCAGCAGAGAGGGGUGGGGGCCGGCAGCGGGGGGAGCAGCUUCCACACCAGUCAGGGCAGUGAUGACGACUGGGACGACGACUGGGACGAUAACUCACCUGCGGCAGACGUUCCUCAGGGUCUCGGUACUACCCCCCCCCUCUACCCGGUGACCACGUCCCUGCCUGCGAGGCGUGGGAGUCAGCCCCAGCAGCAGCAGCACCCCCAGGCCAAGAGCUCGGCCACGGUGGGGAGGAACCUCAACAGGUUCUCCACCUUCGUCAAGUCCGGAGGGGAGGCCUUCCUGCUGGGGGAGGCGUCGGCGUUCGUGAAGGACGGGGACCGGAUCUGCGUGGUGAUGGGGAAGCACGGCCCCGAGUGGCAGGAGGACCCCUACCCCUUCAGCUGCACCAUCGACGACCCCACCAAGCAGACCAAGUUCAAAGGCAUGAAGAGCUACAUGUCCUACGGCCUGACCCCCACCCACACCAACACACAGGUCAACCGCAGGUAUAAACAUUUCGACUGGCUUUACGCUCGGCUGGUGGAGCGCUUCCCCGUCAUCUCCGUCCCCCACCUGCCGGAGAAACAGGCCACGGGGCGCUUCGAGGAGGACUUCAUCUCCAAGAGAAGGAAGGGUCUGAUCUGGUGGAUGAACCACAUGACCAGCCACCCGGUGCUGGCGCGAUGUGACGUUUUCCAGCACUUUCUGACCUGCGGGACGGAUGAGAAGGCGUGGAAACAGGGCAAGAGGAAGGCGGAGAGGGAUGAGCUGGUGGGGGCCAACUUCUUCCUCACCAUCAGCACCCCAGAUGUUCCGCUGGACCUUCAGGAAGUCGAGAGCAAAAUCGAAGGUUUCAAGACCUUCACCAAGAGGAUGGACGAGAACAUUGUGGUUGUGAACACCACCAUCAACGAGUUCGCCCGCAAACAGAUCUCCGGCUUCAAGAAGGAGUACCAGAAGGUGGGACAGUCCUUCAAACUCCUGGGGCAGGCCUUCGAGCUGGACCAGCAGGCCUACUCGGCGGGCCUGAACAAAGCCAUCGCCUACACUGGAGAAGCCUACGAGGCCAUCGGGGAGUAUUUUGCAGAACAGCCUCGCCAGGACCUGGAUCCCAUUUCUGACCUGCUGGACCUGUACAGAGGACACCUGGCCAAUUUCCCCGACAUCAUCCAUGUACAGAAAGGUGCUUUGACCAAGGUGAAAGACUGUCCGAAGCAGGAGGGGGACCUUCACGACCGAUGCAACAUCAUUUCCUGCGCCACGCUAGCAGAGAUCCAGCACUUUCACCGCACUCGUGUACGGGACUUCCGAGCCCAGAUGCAGCACCACCUCAGUCAGCAGAUCAGCUUCUUCCAAAAGAUCACCGCCAAGCUGGAGGACGCGCUGCAGAGUUACGACGACCAGUAGAACCAGACGGAAAACAGAGGAGGAACCGAACUGAGAACGAGGAUUACAUAGGACAGGAAAACAUCUGAAUAUCCUUAAGAGACAGAACCUUGGACUCUUGUCUGGUCUGGGCCCAGUAUGAGUGUUGGAUGAAAAAUAGAGGCCACUGGACUUUAAAAUGACGACUUGUUGGACUUUGUGUACAGCUCUGAUGAAUGUACCAGUACCGGGGAUUUGCUGACGCUCCAGGCAUCUCAGAUAUUAAAACCAGCUGCUGUGGGUCUGACGAGGCAGCCCGCUGGAUCCCGGCGUCAGCGUCACGUGAUCCCUGGUCUUAUUCCUCACCACUUCAUGGAAACGUUCUGCCAGUUUGGCACCCAAACACACUUAGUCCGACAGAAGCUGGGGUAACUUCAACUGGAUGUUUUCAUUCUCCUUUUAGUUGGUUUUUACUUGAAUGACCUGCUCAGUAUUGUUUUCAUAGAGGACGACAGUAGACGAGUGAUACUCUGUAGAAAGAGAAAAGUCACUUUAACCCAUAAAGACCCAGGGCUAACUUCUGUCUUUUCAACUUUUCUUAAAGGGCUCAUAUUUACUUUAUCUAAACACACUUUUCUUAGUCUGUGGUUCAUUUAUUUGUGUAUUUGGACCCUGAUAGUUCAUAGAGUUUGAAUUUGAACCCUCCAGCUGCUGCAAAACUAUCUUUAUAUUCAUUUGGGCAAAAAUCUAGUGGAUUUCUAUAACACACACACACACACACACACACAGAGGCCACUUGGCUUUUAUAACAUAGAUUAAAGGGGCAGUCAGUACUAUUGUGCCUAUUGUCUGGUAUUUGAUUUUUGGUUUGUAUUUUUGGUGUCUUAUAAGCCCAUGUAAGGGCUGGGCAUGUUUUAACCCUCCGGUAUCCAG